GCGACACCCUUCAAACUUGCACCAGGGCGCAUCUGGCAGCGCGGAGGCCGUCCGAGAGUAUCACAACCUCCGCGCCACUGCCUUCAACCGCAAUGUUGAAGAGUUGAGUAAGCGGGCUGCCGACUUGACGGAGAGUCGGAGGGCCAACGCUACUCUUCAGGAGCAGCUGGGUGAAGUUAACCCUGCCUUGCGCGUCAAGGAGGAGGAGUGCAACAAACUCGCUGCGGAGCGCGAUCUGCUUACUGCGCAGCUGGCCAAGCAGAAGGAGCUGCUCAAGAAGGCGCAGGACGAGGCCGAGAAGAAGGAGGCUGCUCUCCUGGCCGAGUUCGAGAGCGAGCGCUCAUCCUGGACCGACAGGGAGGCGAUGCUGACUUCCGGCUUCCACGAGAUUGAGGAUAUCGUCGAUGACUUCUUCCCUGGCCACUCGCAGGCAGUCCCUCUGGCUAUCGAGGCUGAUCGUGAGGCGCGAAGGGCAAACGGUGAGGUGAUUGCCGCCAACGCUCCCUUGACCGUUGAUGAGCAGCUUCUGAGCAUCGAGGCUCGUCUUCGUCCGGCCCACCGACGGAUGCGCCGGCUUCAGCGUGUCGGCGCCCAGGCGGUUGCCGCUUUGUGGCCAGACAUGCCGGCUCUGCGCACCGCCAGUCGGUCCGCCGACUGGCUGGAAGUCGCCGUCGGCCGUGUUGAAGCUUGGAAGGGUUCCUCGGCCCGGGCCGGAGCGCGCUGGGCCUUGGAGUUCGUCAAGGCGUGGUAUUCGGGGCUGGACCUGGACCGUCUGGCC